CGCCGGAGUCACUGUUUUGAUAGACGUGUAGGAAGAAGGUGGACGCCAUCGGUGCUCGAAUCUGCUCAGGUCUACAGGAGCCGGCUUGAAUUCUUAUUUUAGAACCAAAAUGACGACUGCACCAUAUAACUAUUCCUAUAUCUUCAAAUAUAUCAUUAUUGGUGAUAUGGGGGUUGGGAAGUCUUGUUUGCUCCACCAGUUUACAGAAAAGAAAUUCAUGGCGGACUGCCCUCACACGAUCGGGGUGGAGUUCGGCACACGGAUAAUCGAGGUGAGCGGGCAGAAGGUGAAGCUGCAGAUUUGGGACACGGCGGGUCAGGAGCGAUUCCGCGCAGUCACGCGCAGCUACUACAGAGGAGCCGCCGGCGCUCUCAUGGUGUACGACAUCACCAGGCGAAGCACGUACAACCACCUGAGCAGCUGGCUGACUGACGCAAGGAAUCUCACCAACCCCAAUACAGUGAUUAUUCUUAUCGGUAACAAAGCUGACCUAGAAGCCCAGCGAGACGUUACGUAUGAAGAGGCAAAGCAAUUUGCUGAAGAGAACGGCCUGUUGUUUCUGGAGGCAAGUGCCAAAACAGGUGAGAACGUUGAAGACGCAUUCCUGGAGGCAGCUAAGAAGAUCUACCAGAACAUUCAGGAUGGUAGUCUGGACCUGAACGCCGCCGAGUCAGGAGUCCAGCACAAGCCCAAUGCUCCACAAGGUGGCCGACUCUCCAGCGACACACAGCCUCAGAAAGAGGGCUGCAGCUGUUAAUGACCAUGGAGACUUCUUUCUGUGUCUCUUUCCAUAUCUCCCCUCCAAACCCACACCACAGCCUUCGCCGCCGCGACCCCCCCCCCCCCCCCCCCCAACCCUCUCUCUCUGUGUAUGAUCUGUAUGCUCUUCCCAUUCUGUUUGGCCGUGAGAUUAGAGUUCGGGGCUGGGCAGCUCAGAGUACUGGAGGAUGCAUUAGUCAGCUUCUGCCAUGUUCAUCCCUGUCUGUCCCUCCCUCACUCCCUCUCUCUCUUACUUCACUCUCACUCAUUUUAUCUGUUCAUAACGCGCACGUCCCAGUGCACUCGGCAAACAGUCACACGAGGACGAAUCCUCCACCGAACACUAAUGUAGAUGGAAGAAAUACUGGGUUUAUCAACAGACAGUUGAUGUGCAUAACUGUAAAUGAGACAUCUUGUGUACAGGAGCUGUUUAAAUCGUGGGGUAAUUUAAAUCAAAUGAAAUUUUGAUAUGCGUUAUUCUCGUUUAAAUGGACAUGAAGUUAACGUUUAGGCAGACUGAUUUUAGAAUGUGCUUAAGAGAAGAUAAUGCAUGAUAACCUGUUAUUGUACAUUUUGUUUAAAAAACAAAAACUCUGUUUUAAUUAGGAUUAACGCAACGUCACAAGUAACCAGUCACCACAUGUAUAUCCUUGUUUGUACCUACACGAGACAUAUAAUAAUAUACAAGUACUAUACAGGAUGAGUAUUCUUCAACAAAAAGCGCCAUUGUAAAAAAAAAAAAAAAUUCUGAUGUUUUUUUUGGGGGGGAGUGUGCUUUAGAUGAGAAUGUUUUAAGACCUAGAACAUUAAGAGUAAUAUAUUAAACAGGACAUACAUUUGAGUCUGUAAAAACAUUUUUUUGCACUUUGUAGAUUGUUUUCAGUGGCCUAGCGCUUGUUUUAUUAUCUUAUUAGUCUUACGUCCGUCAACCUGCAAAGCAUCCAGUGUACUUUAGAGUUCAGCAUUUGUUGAGCACAUGUUCAACAUCCCCGAUUUUUUUUCUUUCUUUCUUUCUGCAGAAUUAUUAAUGUAAGAAACAGACCAGCACUAUCUAACCCUUUCAAAGAAAUGAACCUCUAAGUAGUUAGUCAAAACGUGUAAUUACAAGAAUAUCGGCAUAUAUUUUACUGUUCUAGUUUCAGUUGCCUUAUGAUUUGUUCUCAUGUCCUCUUCUCUGUAAAUCCUGUUUGGUCUGUAAAAUUAUGUAAACAAGUCACUUAAAAUUUAUGCUAAAACAGGCACUAAUAUUAGAUUUUUCCACCCCUUCAGAAGCAUUCCUUUGCUGUGUGUGUGUAUAUAACUUUUUUUCUUUUCUUUUUUUUUUUACACACUGAAUUUAAGAAUUAUAAACUGGAUUUGUGGUGUGAUGAGCGGAGUCUUGGUUCAGCAUUAGUUAAACUAAUUGUAUUGGGAUUUUUUGUAAAGUGGCUUCAUCUCAAAUUGAUCUUAAAAGGUACCAGUUCAAAUUUUAACUGGUCUCUUGCUAAGUAAAAAUACUGCCCUUAACUAACGAAUGCACCACUAACCUGUUUCACAUUACCAGUUUUGCGAUGUUUCAUUAGCAGGCAGGAGAAGAAAAAGGCAAAAGGAAGUGCGCCGAAAAAGAUUUUCUAAGAUCUGUAAGUUGAAGUGAAACUGUAAAGGAAUAUGUGUGAAAUGUUUUGUAAACUAAAAUUCCUUUUUUCUUCAUGGAAGCCCAUUCUCUUGCUUUUCUCCCUCAUGUCUCAUUGACCUUUAAAAACAAAACAAAAAAAGCAUAUAUAACCUGCUCUGAAACUCUGAGGUAUGUCUUAUAUCAGUGACGUUUGUAAUUAUGUUAAUAAAGACAAUGCUGUAGACUGUC